ACAGCGUUUAGAUGAGUCAGAUUGAAAAUCUUAGGAAUGAAGUCGCACAAGUGCGCACGGUAUGGCUAUUAGAGCCUGUACACCAGUGUAUUGAAGCAGGGCAUAGGGUACAAGUUCAUAGACCCACGACGACACCCACCAUACACUGGGGGAACCCAUCCGACAACCGGGACUGAAAAAAAUAACACACAACAUGUUUACACGGACCUAGAUAAACACGUGGUCGAUGCGUAGCGAUAUUUUCACAGUGGCCAAAUACGCAGUGCACUAGUAGUGCUGACUUGAAGCCCUCUGAUGUCAGCUUCGCACAUUCCCCUUGUCGGUUUUGUACGCCCCGAACAGGCGCCGGUCCAAAUACCGACCCCACACCCGCUCCAAAGGACCUUGCCUGACGCAGUAGCUAGCUUGCUGUGCCAGAGAGUCUAGAAACAAAAACAGAGACGUUCUCGGUAAGAUGCGGUGGGUCUACGAUAAAUCAACCAGCAGGUAUAGGAGUGCACCGAUAGUACAACACAGAGGUGCUGUGUGCAGAUGUCUGACGGGACCGUCCCGAAUGUGGAAGUAUUCCCUGCCCGUGGUGCUAGUGCUGCUGCUGGCGUACACCGUCUUCUCCGUACAGCUGCAGUGGAGGUCCGUGACAUGGCGCCAACCAAGGCGGGCCGGCAAGGAAACUUCCACGAGCAAAGUUCUUCAGACCACCCAAAGAGGGAAAUAUGACGCCAUCGACAACACAUCGCGAUCGUGGACGACUGUAGAAUCUGGCAGCACCACUCAUUCCCACAGAACUAUUGUACAGACCGUCCGGCCCACGGGCGCUUCGAACUGCGUCACCCACACAAGCAUUGCGUUCAUCAAGGUACACAAGUGUGGCUCCACCACCCUGCAGAGGAGCUUCCUCCGUUUUGGGUUCACCCAUCGUCUGAACGUCGCGCUCCCCCGGGGACGUGACAGCCCCACCAUCGGGCACGACGGACUCAUCACCCGUGACGACUACGAACCGUCCCCAGGGGGAGCUCGGUGGGACCUGUUCGCCCACCACGGCACCUACAACCGAACUCAGCUACUGCAACUGAUGAAGAAAGACACUAAGUUUAUAACAGUGCUCAGAGAGCCUGUCAGUAGGUUGUUGUCAGCAUUCCACUACUUUCGGAUGGAAAGAUACUUUCCGGGACUUAUGAAUGAAACAGGACAAGGUUCUCCAGUUGUCACUUAUCUGGAUGAUGUGAAAAAGUGGAACAGUGUCUAUGUCCCACCCAAGGAUAGAGAUUUUGCAGAUCACAUUUGCAUUAGGAAUUGUAUGUCAAGAGAUCUUGGCCUUCCCGAGGAAGAUUUUGAUAACAGAACCGCCAUAGACAAAUUCAUCCGUGGUAUUGAACGAGACUUCUCAUUGGUCAUGAUCCUGGAGCAUUUAGACCAAUCAUUGAUCCUGUUACGGCGUCGGAUGUGCUGGCUUUUCGAGGAUAUCAUUUACGACAAUUUGUAUUGGUCAAGAAAGGCGCGGUACCGAAAACGUGACGUCAUCACAGAAGACAGACGACAAAAUUUCAUUGAGGAAAAUUAUGCGGAUUAUUUACUGUACAAGCAUUUCAAAACGGUUCUUUUGGACAUAAUUAAGAAAGAAGGAAAAGAUUUUGAUCCGGAACUGCAACAUUUCAAGAGAAUAAACGCCGUCAUUGGUAGAAACUGUCACACAGUAACAAGACCGAAGAGUUUUAUAUUGGGACCGAGUCAGUGGAACCAACGAAUCCGCAUCUACAACCAUUUCUGCACCUUGAUACGUCAAGAACGGGAAUUUUGGGAUAAGAUGUUUCGCAAAAGAUACAAAGCUAUGAAGAAAACCAUACAUUAACGGAAGGUUUUUAAUUACAUGUAACUUUGAUGUAAAUGCUAUGUAAUAUACCAGAUGUUGUACAUGAUACGGUAGACGUUUAACGAUUAUGGCUAAUUUGUUUGUGUAAAUACAUGUUUUUAUCAUGUCA